CAAAAUCACAACAUCUCUCUUGUCAACCAGUUUACGAUUACAAGUAGAAAUGGAAAAAUAUGCAAGUGUGACAAAAGAAAAGGUUAAAAACUACAUAUGUGACGAUCUUGCAUUUUGUAUUCUAUCAAAAUUGCCACUAAAAUCUUUGAAGCGAUUUGGAUGCGUACGUAAAUCAUGGGUUUUCUUAUUUGAAAACCAUAAAUUCUUGAGUAUCUUUCAGAACAAUUUCAUCUCUUAUGAUCAUUCGUACUACGAUGAUACAUCUCUUCUCCUACAACUUACUGAUAAAGAUUUGUGUUCAUUUUCUAGAGAUAGUUUUGAGGAUGUAGUCAAAUUGGAUUUGCCAAAUCCAUUUCAAGAUGAAGACCCUUCUUUAUGGAUUUUGGAUUCUGGUAGUAUUACCGGAAUUCUUUGUCUCUACCAUAGUGAUAAAAGAUUUUUUAGCGAUAAAAGAUUUGUAUUAUGGAAUCCAACAACAGAGGAAUUCAAGAUCAUCCCUGAAAGCCCUCUUGAGCCUGUAUCAUCUUAUGUAAGAGAUCACGAUAUUCCACUUGGAUUUGGUUAUGACCAUGUUAAAAAUGAUUAUAAGUUGAUUACAGGUGCAUGUUUCUUUUAUGGGGAUUAUCAAUAUUAUGAUGGAAGUCCUGAUUAUGUUUGUUACCCAGAAUUUGUUUGCGACUACGAAAUAUAUAGCCUUAGAAGUAACUCUUGGAGAAAAAUUGACGAAGAUGUCUCUUUUAUACCGCUACAUUCUAGAGUGGCUUCUCAACGAUUGCACGUGAACGGAAUGUGUCAUUGGUGGCAUUUUAAGGGUGUUCUUGAUGGAAGAGACUUAGCAUCGUUUGACUUAGUCACCGAGAAGAUUAUUACGACACCUAUACCUGUAGGAACACUUCAAGGCGUGGAUGAUGAUUUUAAAGCUGAUGACAUACCAAUCUCCUUAAUGGUGUUAAAUGGGUCUAUUGCUUUGAUCUCAUGGUUUUUAGAUAAUACUACUUUUAAUAUAUCGAUUUUGGGAGAAAUUGGAAAGAAAGAAUCAUGGACUAAACUUUUUACUAUUGGGCCAUUGUCUGAUAUUAGACUUCCUAUUGGAGCAGGGAAGAAAGGUGAUUUAUUUUUUCAGAAAAAAGAUGGUAAAAUAGUUUGGUUUAAUUUAUCCACCCAGUUGAUUGAGGAGCUUGACAUUAAAGGGAACGCUUUUAGUAUAUUAAUUUAUAAAAAAAAGUUUUCAAUCAUUAAUUUGAUUUCAUAGAAAAGAUUUAUGGA